AUGGAGGGGCAUGCUGAAAUGGAGAUGCUGAGGACACUGAAGGGACCUUCCACAGGGGAGGUCAGCGUGCACCUGGUGGCCAGAGAUAACCCAGGCUCCGGCUCUCACCUGCCCGCUGCUGCCUUUAUCAUUCCAGCCAGCUCGGCCGCCCUGGGUCUGCCCAGCAGUGCCCUGGAUGUGUCCUGCUUUCCGCGGGAGCCGAUCCACGUGGGCACCCCGGAGCGAGCGGCCGGCAGCGUACCUGUCACAGCCACGGUUCUCCCGCAGUUGAGCACGGGGCCAGCGGGCAGCCCCAGCGCCAGCACAGUGCGGCUCCUGGAGUGGACCGAAGCCGCGGCCCCGCCUUCGGGGAGUGGCCUGCGGUUCCGGAUAAGCGAGUACGCGCCGCCGAACAUGGUGGGAGCAGAGCAACCCCCAAGCCCAGAGCUGCGGCGGGAAGGCGUGGCCGAGUACGAAGAUGGCGAGGCCCCGGCGAGGGGUGGCGGCGCGGACCCGCAACAGCCGGCGGGCCUCUCCCAGGACCCUCCAGAAGGUCCGCCUCAAGACCCACCAGAGGAUGAUGGCACCUGCCCGUGCCAGGCUUGUGGGCCUCAGCAAGGCGCUGGUCCAGAUCCUAGUUCCUGCAAUGAUGGCUGCCCUCAGCGCUUCCAGGAGCGGUCAGUCAUAGUGGAGAACUCCUCAGGCCAGAACAACUGCACCAGCGCCUCUGAGCUCCUCAAACCCGUGAAGAAGAGGAAGCGCAGGGAAUAUCAGAGCCCAUCCGAGGAGGAGUCUGAGCCCGAGGCCAUGGAGAAGCAAGAAGAAGGAAAGGAUCCAGAGGGACAAGCUACCACUAACACCCCAGAAAGUGAGGAAUGGAACAGCAGCCAGCCUGCCUCAGAGGAGAAGAAACCAGGCUGGUCGUGGGAAUCCUACCUUGAGGAGCAGAAGGCCAUCGCUGCCCCCAUCAGCCUCUUCCAGGACCACCAGACGGUCACUCAUAACAAGAAUGGCUUCAGACCGGGCAUGAAGUUGGAAGGCAUCGACCCUCAGCACCCGAGCAUGUACUUCAUCCUCACCGUGGCUGAGGUGUGUGGCUCCCGCCUGCGUCUGCACUUUGAUGGGUAUUCCGAGUGCCAUGACUUCUGGGUCAAUGCCAAUUCCCCUGACAUUCAUCCGGCUGGCUGGUUCGAGAAGACGGGGCACAAGCUGCAGCCCCCCAAAGGUUACAAGGAGGAGGAGUUCAGCUGGAGCCAGUACCUGCGCAGCACAAGAGCCCAGGCUGCCCCCAAACACCUGUUUGUGAGCCAGAGCCACAGUCCCCCACCCCUGGGCUUCCAGGUGGGCAUGAAGCUGGAGGCUGUGGACCGCAUGAACCCGUCCCUCGUCUGCGUGGCCAGUGUGACCGACGUGGUGGACGGCCGCUUCCUGGUUCAUUUUGACAACUGGGAUGACACUUACGACUACUGGUGUGAUUCCAGCAGCCCCUACAUCCACCCGGUGGGCUGGUGCCAGAAGCAAGGAAAGCCCCUCACCCCUCCGCAAGACUACCCAGACCCUGACAGCUUCUGUUGGGAGAAAUAUCUGGAAGAAACCGGGGCCUCUGCUGUGCCCACCUGGGCCUUCAAGGUGCGACCCCCACACAGCUUCCUGGUCAACAUGAAGCUGGAGGCCGUGGACCGCAGGAACCCAGCCCUAAUUCGUGUGGCCAGCGUGGAGGAUGUGGAGGAUCAUCGGAUAAAGCUCCACUUUGAUGGCUGGAGUCACGCCUAUGACUUCUGGAUUGAUGCUGACCACCCUGACAUCCACCCGGCGGGCUGGUGCUCCAAGACGGGGCAUCCCUUGCAGCCUCCUCUCCAACCCAGAGAGCCCAGCGCUGCCUCCCCCACGGGCUGUCCGCCUCUCACCUAUCGGAGCCUGCCACACAGCAGGACCUCCAAGUACAGCUUUCACCACCGGAAGUGCCCCACUCCUGGUUGUGAUGGCUCUGGCCACGUCACUGGCAAGUUCACAGCUCACCACUGCCUCUCGGGUUGCCCCCUGGCCGAGAAGAACCAGAGCCGGCUGAAGGCAGAGCUGUCGGACACGGAGGCCUCAGCCCGCAAGAGGAGCCUCUCGGGCUUCUCCCUAAGGAAGAAGCCUCGCCAUCACGGCCGGUGCGGAGGGCAAGGGUGCGGGGCCUCAAGUCCUCCGAGGCCAGAGCAGGUGCUUAGUCCCUGCCACGGGCCCAGCUCCUCUCUCUCCAGGAUCGGGCGCCCUCCGAAGUACCGAAAGAUCCCACAGGAAGAUUUUCCAACGCUGACCACCGAUGUCACGCAGCAGUCCCUCUUCAUGUCGGCCCUGUCGGCCCACCCUGACCGGUCGCUGUCUGUGUGCUGGGAGCAGCACUGCAAGCUCCUGCCUGGCGUGGCGGGCAUCUCAGCCUCGACAGUCACCAAGUGGACCAUUGAUGAGGUCUUCGGCUUCGUUCAGACCCUGACAGGGUGUGAGGACCAAGCGCGGCUCUUCAGGGAUGAGGCGGACAUUGUGAAGAUCAUGAGCGUCAAGCUGGGCCCAGCCUUGAAGAUCUAUAACGCCAUUCUCAUGUUCAAAAACGCCGAUGACACCUUAAAGUGACUGGCUCAGGGCUGGGCCCUCCCUCCGCAGCUGAUGCUUCUUCCCCACUUGAGUUCCUCCCAUCCCACCUGUGCCCCGCCCCC